AGAGAAAUGGCGCCUCAAUGCGGUGCUUACUGAGGCAGUGUACAGACAGAUAGACAGAUUAAACAAGUGCAAAUAAACGGACAAAUCAUGGUGAACACAAGAAAGAACUCUCGGCAUGAGCAGAGCAGUCCCUUCAUCUCGUCCAGGACCCGGUCUUCCGCGAGAAAUCCCCCCAACUCCGAAGAACAUAAGGAUCCCAGUAGUGAUGUGAGCAGUCCCAGCAGUCCUGGACUGUCCCCUCCCUCGAAGCGAACCCGUAGACAGACCAGCUCCAGCGACACCUCUCCCUCCCCCCAGGCCAAGGGCCAGAGGGUCUCCUGGGGCAUGCCCACCUACCGCACCAGGUUGUCAUCUGGCGCCCUGCAAAAUGGAAAUGCCCAUAAGGAGGAAGGGGCAGGAGACCACUCUCACAUGAAUGGCCAUGUUGACAGAAAGAGGAGCUGCCAAGUGAGGAAGAGCCAGUUUGAACACCUCAACCAGAGCCUGCUGUUUGACCAGCUCGUCAACAGCACGGCGGAGGCAGUUCUUCAGGAGAUGGACAACAUCAGCAGCAUCAGACAGAACAGGGAGGUGGAGAGACUCCGCAUGUGGACCGACACUGAGGUGGAAAACAUGGACAUGUAUUCUCGUGUGAAGAGGAGGAAGGCACUGCACAGGAACACCUUUGUCAUGCAGACACACCACAAAGCCAUGAGCAAGACAGAAGAGGAAGAGGGGACUGAAGAAUCUCACGGUGAGGAAGAGGAUGACGAAGCAGAGGAUGAUGAUGAUGAAAGAGACGAGGCAGAGGAGGCUGGAGAGGAGAACGACAGACCGUACAACCUGAGACAACGCAAGACCGUACAGAGAUACGAGGCGCCACCUAUUGAGCCCAUCAACAGAAAACAAACCAACCCCUCCCUGUUUGACACCCACAGAUCCCCAGCAAGGAGAAGCCAUAUACGAGUGAAGAAGCAUGCCAUCCACAGUAGUGACACCACGUCUUCGUCUGACGAGGACAGAUUUGAGAGGAGGAAAAGCAAGAACAUGACCCGGGCCAGGAACAGAUGUCUGCCUAUGAACCUGAGAGCAGAGGACCUGGCCAGUGGGGUGCUGAGGGACAGGGCCAAGGUGGGAGCUAGCCUCGCUGAUGUGGACCCCAUGAAUCUGGACAGCUCAGUGAAGUUUGACAGCGUAGGAGGGCUGUCCAACCACAUCCAGUCUCUGAAGGAGAUGGUGGUCUUCCCACUCCUCUACCCAGAGGUCUUCGAGAGGUUCAAGAUACAGCCCCCAAGAGGGUGUCUGUUCUACGGCCCACCAGGUACAGGGAAGACCCUAGUAGCGCGGGCUUUGGCUAACGAGUGUAGUCAAGGAGACAAGAAAGUGUCUUUCUUCAUGAGGAAGGGAGCCGACUGCCUCAGCAAGUGGGUCGGCGAAUCAGAACGACAGCUACGCCUGCUCUUUGACCAGGCGUACCUGAUGAGGCCCUCCAUAAUCUUCUUUGAUGAAAUAGACGGGCUGGCCCCAGUGCGCUCCAGCAGACAGGACCAGAUACACAGCUCCAUAGUGUCCACUCUGCUGGCGUUGAUGGAUGGUCUGGACAGCCGAGGUGAAAUCGUGGUGAUCGGUGCUACCAAUAGACUGGACUCCAUAGACCCUGCUCUACGGAGGCCUGGACGCUUUGACAGGGAGUUCCUCUUCAACCUGCCUGACAAGAAGGCCCGAAGACAAAUCCUUGAGAUCCACACGCGGGACUGGAAUCCCAGACUGGCUGAACAGUUUGUAGAUGAGCUGGCGGAGAAAUGUGUCGGUUACUGUGGCGCAGACAUCAAAGCACUUUGCACAGAGGCGGCCCUGGUGGCACUGCGGCGGCGCUAUCCCCAGAUCUACGGCAGCAGUGUGAAGCUGCAGCUGGACGUCAGUACCAUCGUGCUGGGGCCUGGGGACUUCAGCCACGCUCUGCGGACCAUCGUCCCAGCCUCCCAGAGAGCCCAGGCUCCUCCAGGCCGAGCCCUGGCCCCCAACAUGCGCCCCCUACUGGCAAACACACUGGCCACGGUGCUGGAGGUCCUGCUCCGAGUCUUCCCCCACGCAGAAACACAGAGUAGAGGAGACGUUGACGAUCAUCUGCUAGAGGAGGAGGUCAGUGAAGAGGAGACGGCUGGAGCAGCUCCCUCCAUCUACAACCUCCAGCCAGGAUCCCCAAAGACACACACACACCCCUCCUCUACGGCACACACACCCUUCCUACACUUCAGCAUAUCAGCCCUUCACCAGCCCACGUCAUACCGGCCUCGACUGCUGCUGGCAGGUCCCCCCGGCUCGGGACAGAGUUCUCACCUGGCCCCUGCUGUGCUACACCACCUGGACAAGCUGUCUGUCCACCUCCUAGACCUGCCCACACUCUACUCUGUCAGCGCCAAGACACCCGAGGAGUCCUGCACUCAGGUGUUCCGUGAGGCGCGUCGGAGCGUGCCCAGUGUGGUGUUCAUGCCCCACAUCUGUGAUUGGUGGGAUUCGGUCAGCGACACGGUGAAGAACACCUUCUUCUCUCUGCUCCAGGACGUCCCCUCUUUCUCCCCCCUCCUCAUCCUCGCCACCACAGAGACGUGCUACACACAGCUACCACAGGAGGUGAAGUUGAUGUUCCAGAGGAUGUACGGGGAGGUGGUCAGUCUGUCUUCACCUGGAGAGGAGGCCAGACGAAGGUUCUUCACUGACCUGCUACUGGUACAGGCUGCUAGAGCGCCGCCCCACAGGAGACACAAAGCCCUGCGGAGUGAGGAGGUGCUUCCGGUAGUGGAGGUCCCUGGCCCCAGGAUUCUCUCCCCCAAGGAACAGCAUCGUCUGGCCGACCAGGAGGAGAACACUCUGAGAGAACUGCGUCUGUUCCUCAGGGACGUCACUAAGCGCCUCGCCAUAGACAAACGCUUCAACAUCUUCAGCAAACCUGUCAACAUUGAGGAGGUGUCAGACUACCUGGAGGUGAUUAUUCAGCCUAUGGAUCUAUCUACGGUCAUGACCAAGAUCGACACCCAUAAAUACCUGACGGCCAAGGACUUCCUGGUAGACAUAGACCUCAUCUGCAGCAAUGCCCUGGAAUACAACCCUGACAAGGAGCCCUCAGAUAAGAUCAUCCGCCACAGAGCGUGUAGUCUGAAGGACACGGCGCACGCCAUGCUGGCCUCGGAGCUCGACCCAGAGUUCAACCGCAUGUGUGAGGAAAUCAAGGAGUCACGCAGGAAGAGGGACCUCCAGACUCCGGAUGUGCCUCCUGUCUCCAUGGCUGCCGUGGUAACCACCAGGAAGCCGGUUGGAGAGGAGAACCCUGGGAGCAGCACUCAGGGAGAGCCCGUUGAUAAGCAGCACUGCAGCAGCAGCAAUCACAUAAAGAGGAAAGCGCGUCGGCGUCCAUCUUGGGGGCGGGGCAUCAUUAGGAAGAAGAAGAACUACAAGAAGGGAACGGAGGAAGAGGAGGAGGAUGAAGGUGCGGAGCCUGAGCCGGAAAUGGGGGUACCCAGCGACUCCUGUCUGACUCAGGAUGAAGAGUCUUCCUGUGACACCAUGGACCCUCAGCCCAACGGACACCACACAAACCCUCACACACACGGCAUCUCCACGGAGGAGGAGAGCUCCAAUGAGCCCCCCGAGACCCCUAGGGGCCAGAGGACCAAGACCCAAGGGGAAAGCAGCACAGGGACAGGGCCCAAGGAGGAAGAGACAUCAGCUACAGACGACAAAGCCAAUUCUACAUCCACAGACCGAGACCUCCAGUCUAAAAGUGAGUCUUCCCCAUGUAAAAGUGAUGAUUCUCAUUGUAAAAACAAGGAGCCUCAAUCCCAGGAGAAGGAGAUCCAGUCUAAAGAUGAGGGUUCCCAAGCCGAAAGCGAGAACCCCCAAGCCAAGCCUGAUGAUCCUAAGCCUAAGGAGGAAGGUUUCCAGCCCAUGGAUGUUGAGGAGGUCCAGCCUAAAGACGAGGAGUUCCAGUCCAAGGCUGAGCAGCAGUUGUCAGCCCCCACGCCAGCCACAGCACCCCCUGUCCCUCAGGAGGAGUGUGUGAACGGGAAUGAGUCCAUGGACAGCCUGGAUUCCCAGGCCCUCAAGAGCUCUGAGAGAGAGGGGCCUACAGAGGUCAAAGGUGAAGGGUCAGAGGGGGAAGAAGACGUGUCGGCUUCUGCAGUGAGCAGAGGAACUCAGGAGCGCCGCCCUCAGGACGGGAGGACAGGAGACACGGAGACGGGUGAGGAGGAGCAGGACAGAGAAGGCUGGUCCAAGGGGAGGAAGUGCAGAAUGAGCCAAUCAGAGCAGUCGAAGGGAUCAACUGACAGGACAGAGGAGCCUCCACAGAUCCCUCCCCCUCCACCACCUGCACUAGUGGUCGAUCAACAGAGACUCACGGCCCUCUUGGACACAGUGGUACAGAGGAGUGAAGGCUACAGCGUGGAGCGCUUGGAGAGACUCUUCUCUCUCCUCAGUCAGUGCAUCUACCAACACCGCCUGGACUACGACAAGACACGGCUACAAGAGGAGAUGGAGAGGAAAGUCCAGAAUUUCAUUACAUUCCUGUGAGACAGCCAGGUUGACCCUGAACACACACACACAAGCAGGACAGAGACCAGCCUUUGAGCCAAGUCCUUACACACAGAGCAAAUAUAGAGCCCUGGUCUUAACGUGAGCAACAGAACAGGGGGAAAAAGAGCGGAGAAGAAGAGGAGAGACUUUUCUAUGGUGCUAUAGUCUCAGGGACCCUGGUCAGACCCAGUCUACAACCAAACAGACUCCUGGACACGCACACACGAACGGUGAAACGGGCGUUCCUGGUGCUAUCCUAAUCCUUGCUGCUCUUGAGAGUAUCUCGGAAACUAACCAACAAAACCGAUUGGGUGAUGUCAUAUCUUAACGACGGCCUACUUUUGAACUGGUCAUACGCACAUGAGCGCGCACACACGUAAACUACAUAUGUGCUUAGUUAUACAUGCACAUACAGUAGUCACAUGUACGUCUACACACACAGUAAUCACAUGCAUAGAUUGUCACCAGCAGUGCGAGUAUGUGCAGUUAGCUUGGCGGUUGAGACAGUAUCCGGUCUUGUUACCAUUGUUGAGGCCAUGUCAUCUCUCAGUACAGUACUGAAUCAAGAUUAUAGGCCAGUCAUCUCAUAGAUACAACAGCUUACAGAUCAUACUUAGUCAUUAAAACAGCUUGGUUUGAUUAGCAUCUGGAUCUAAUCAAUCAUUAUGAUUUAUUUGUUUUUUUAUUGUUAUGGAUCUAAUAACCACCCUUCUCACUCCAAACAUUGUCCAAUGUCCAUUAAAUGUUUUUAACAUGACCAUACAGUAGGGUAAAGUUGAAACCGCUGGGUAGAAUAAAUUGCCAUCAUGUACAUGGAUUACAAAAACAUCGAAUCCCCCUUAAUAAACGUGUUACUGAAAUGCAUCAACGGGAACUUGCCGUGAACAUCAAACUAAGUCUUUAUUUUUUUUCCACAGUCAUAGCAAACAGAUUGACAUGUGCUGCUUGUGGUAGCUGAAUCACAGCUCUGUCUGUAAUUAUGUGUAAUUUCUUUAUUCCACACAAGCUGUGCCCUGCUAAUUUUUAUUUCCUGUCAAUCCACACCUAACUAACUGGAGUAACUGGAAGCAAUUCAUAUUGAAUUAGACACAUUUUGUAGUUUGCACUGCCUAGCAUGUGCCUUAUUUAACCCCCAAUUAACUUUCAUAUUUCUGAAAGAACAGCUGUUAAGGUUUUUAUCAACUGCUCUGUUCCAUGUAAUGCAGUAUAGUGAGUUGGAUGUAGAAGUUCCCCUUAACUAACCACAGAUCUACGAUCAAAUUACCAAACUCCUAAUUUUAACGGUGGUGUAAUAUCUGACCCAGGACCAGUGGAUAGAAGUUACUUUUACAUUUUAGUCAUUUAGCAGACGCUCUUAUCCAGAGCGACUUACAGUUAGUGAGUGCAUACAUUUUCA